GGGCUGGUGCUGUGCCCCUGCGGACUCCUGCUGACACUCACGGGCACGCUGGCACCCAACUGGAGGCAGGUGAGCCUCAUACCUGACCAGCCCCUUGACUUCAUCUUGGAGCAGGGCAUCUGGGAUAUGUGCAGAGAGCUGCAGAGCAGCCAUGAUCGCCGCUGCGGGCAGGCUGAUGAGCUGGGCUACUUUGAGCAGGUACCCGUGCGGGUGGCCCAAGGGCUGAUGCCCACCUCGCUGGUGGUCACCCUCCUGGGCUUGGUGGUGGCUGCCCUGGGGGGUCGCUGCUGGCCGAAGGAGCCACGGCCCCUGAAAAAAAAGCUGGUGUUGCUCCUCUCAGGGCUGCUGAGCCUUGUGCCUACCUCCUGGUACACCCAUGAGCUGUGGGCACUGCCCGCAACAGCUGGUAGCACGCUGGUUGUAGGCUACAGCUUGGUGCUGAGCUACUUGGGAAGCUGCCUGGAGAUCUUGGGGGGGCUGGCCCUCACCCUCAGCUUCCACCACUGCUGCAAGGAACGCAGGGCCCCCAAACUGACCCCCAGCCCUGUGCUGGAGGCUGGGCCGUGCUCCACCACUGGGGCUUACCACAAUCCCUGGGACAUGCUGGCAGACGAGCGAGAUGGACGACACUGGAGGAGCACCCUGCCUUGUGACUCCGACUUAUAG